GUUGGCAGUGGUUGGUAGUAUAAUUAAAAUAAAUAAAUAUGAAUGCAAGCGAAUGCUACACUUAUUCAUAGUUUCGAAUUAAUAACUUAAUAUAUCUGCAUUAUGUUUAUUGAAUAAUAUAAGGUACAGACUAUAUAGUGUUUUAUAGAUAUAUGUUUUGUCGCCAACCACAUGUUGGGAGAUAAUAGAUAAUUGAAGUGUGCCGUGUGGGACCGUUGCCUAUGUUACGUAUGAGCAAUGGUGAGUGCGUGAGGUUAACGUAUGUGUCUGUUACUGUACGAGAAAUGAAUUUUGUGUACAUGUUCUGUUUAUCAUAUUUAUAAUAAAAUAAGUAGCAAUGGUACAGCCGGUGCCGGAAACAAUUGAUUUUCCUAAAGAGGAGGAGAAAAUAAUUGAGCUGUGGAAGCAGUUGGACGUGUUUAAAACGUGCUUGAAACAGUCGAAGGGAAAGCCAAGAUACUCCUUCUAUGACGGACCACCCUUUGCAACUGGACUUCCUCAUUAUGGUCAUAUACUGGCAGGUACAAUUAAGGACAUUGUUACUAGAUAUGCUCAUCAACGAGGUUACCACGUAGAGCGUAGGUUUGGUUGGGAUUGCCAUGGUUUGCCUGUAGAGUAUGAAAUUGACAAAACCUUGGGGAUUAAAGGACCAGAAGAUGUUUCAAAGAUGGGAAUUGACAAGUAUAAUGAUGAAUGCCGCAAGAUUGUAAUGAGAUAUGCAUCAGAAUGGGAAAUCAUUGUUGGUCGUCUUGGCAGGUGGAUAGAUUUUAAAAAUGACUACAAAACUUUGUACCCGUGGUUUAUGGAGUCAAUCUGGUGGGUGUUUAAGGAGCUUUUUGUGAAAGGAAUGGUGUAUCGUGGAGUUAAAGUAAUGCCAUAUUCUACUGCUUGCAACACACCUUUGUCCAACUUUGAAUCUGGUCAAAACUACAAAGACGUUGUUGAUCCCGCUGUUAUUGUAAGUUUUCCUCUUGUUGGGGAAGAGAAUGUGCUACUUUUGGCAUGGACGACAACACCAUGGACCCUGCCUAGUAAUCUGUCACUUUGUGUGAAUCCAAAUCUGAAGUAUGUCAAGGUGAGAGAUCACACUUCUGGAAAAGUGUACAUUUUGAUGGAGAGUCGAUUAGAAGCGCUUUAUAAAAAGGAAGAUCAGUAUACUGUUUUGGCAAAAUUCGAAGGGAGCAUUCUGAAAGGAAAGAGAUACAAACCUCUUUUCCCAUAUUUUUUACAUAUGGAAAAGAAAGGAGCAUUCCAAGUUCUCACAGAUGGUUAUGUAAGUGAGGAGUCAGGAACUGGAAUUGUACAUCAAGCUCCAUAUUUUGGUGAAGAAGAUUAUCGUGUAUGCUUGGCAGCAGGAAUAAUCACACGUGAUCAAGACAUGAUUUGUCCAGUGGAUGCUAGUGGGUGUUUUACAGCACCAGUUACUGAUUUCAUAGGCCAGUAUGUUAAAGAUGCUGAUAAAAACAUCAUAAAGUGGCUGAAGGCAGCAGAUCGACUAGUAAACUGUUCAACAGUCAAGCAUAGCUAUCCAUUUUGUUGGCGUUCAGAGACACCACUGAUCUAUAAGGCUGUUCCAUCUUGGUUUGUUAGAGUUGAACAGAUGAGCAAAGACCUUCUUAAGUCUAGUCAAAGAACUUACUGGGUCCCUGAUUUUGUUAAAGAGAAAAGAUUUGGUAAUUGGCUCCGUGAAGCUCGAGAUUGGGCAGUCAGUCGUAACAGAUACUGGGGUACACCAAUUCCAUUAUGGAUAUCACCUGACAGUGAAGAGAUAGUGUGUGUUGGUAGCAUUGCAGAGUUGCAAGAGUUGACUGGUGUAAAAGUUACUGACCUACAUAGAGAAAAUAUUGACCACCUGACUAUUCCAUCAAGGCGACCAGGCCAACCCCCAUUAAAGAGAGUAUCUGAAGUGUUUGAUUGCUGGUUUGAAUCUGGUUCUAUGCCUUAUGCUCAGAUGCAUUAUCCAUUUGAACACACAAAGGAAUUUGAAGACUGUUUUCCAGCUGACUUCAUUGCUGAAGGUAUUGAUCAGACCAGAGGAUGGUUUUACACUCUACUGGUUAUUUCAACAGCACUUUUCAACAAGCCUCCUUUCAAGAACCUGAUUGCAAAUGGUCUGGUACUUGCAUCAGACGGCCAGAAAAUGUCUAAACGGAAGAAAAAUUAUCCUGAUCCAAUGGAAGUAGUGAACAAGUUUGGUGCAGAUGCCUUACGACUUUAUCUUAUCAAUUCUCCAGUUGUUCGUGCAGAGAACUUGCGCUUCAAAGAGGAGGGUGUCCGAGAAGUCCUGAAAGAUGUUUUCCUCCCAUGGUACAAUGCAUAUCGCUUUCUGGUUCAAAAUUUGGACAGAUUAAGGAGGGAGGAUGAAGUUUCCAAAUUUGAAUUUGUUGAUGAUGUUCCACGAGAUGAAUUGUCUCAGAAUUUGAUGGACUGCUGGAUUCUUUCCUUUACCCAGUCAUUGCUUCAGUUUAUGAAAGAAGAGAUGGCAGCGUAUCGACUAUACACGGUGGUCCCACGUCUUAUCAAGUUCAUUGACAAUCUUACUAACUGGUAUGUACGCAUGAACAGAAAAAGACUGAAGGGAGAGAGUGGUGUCUGGGAUUGCUAUCAUGCCUUGCACACACUCUAUCAUGUCUUGUAUUCGAUGGUACGUGUCAUGGCUCCUUUCACACCAUUUCUCACAGAGCACAUGUACCGCAAUUUGCGUCACUUUCUGAAAGCUGAUGCCAUAAUGGACAGUGUGCAUUACCUUAUGUUACCUGAACCCAGAAGUGAUCUGAUCAAUAAGGAUAUAGAGCGAGCAGUAUCAUGCAUGCAAACUGUUAUUGAUCUUGGGAGGGUGAUAAGGGAUCGGAAGACGAUACCUGUGAAAUAUCCUUUGCCUGAAGUUGUUGUUAUUCACCAGGAUGAGCAGUAUUUGCAGGAUAUCAUAUCUUUUGAGCACUAUAUUUUAGAGGAAUUGAAUGUCCGACAUUUGACCAUCACAACUGACAAGAAGAAAUAUGGUGUAACUCUUCGAGCUGAACCUGACCAUAAGACUUUGGGAGCUCGACUGAAGGGUGCCUUUAAACCAGUAAUGCAGGCAAUUAAGGAGUUGACUGAUUCAGAGCUGCAACAGUUCUUAUCUGGUAGGAACUUGACACUUUUUGGACAUAACAUUGAGCCAGCAGAUGUCCAUAUUAAAUUUAGCUUCAGUGGGGACACUGAUGAUGAAUUAUCACAGAAAUAUGAGGCACAUGCUGACAAUGAUUUGUUGGUACUACUGGCAACAACAGCUGAUGAGGCACUGCAAGAUGAGGGUAUAGCCCGUGAGGUCAUAAAUCGCAUUCAGAAGCUGCGGAAGAAAGCACAUCUGGUACCAUCAGACCCAGUGACAGUCUAUUUUAGUGUGAGUCCACCAGACAGCCAGUUGCAUCGCAUUACUGUCUCACAUGCUCAUUUCAUAGAAAGUACACUAAAAGCUCCACUGCGCCCAAUGGCAGAACUGCAAGAAAAUGCUCGUUUGUCCCAGUUGAUAGAAGAAACUCAGCAACUUAAGGGUUCUUUGUUAAAAUUGGUAAUAACCUAUGGUUUUUGCGAAGGCUGGUGCUCAGGUGCAAAUACAAAAGAAGUAACUGCAUCUCAAUCCUUUACUGCUGAGCCCUACUGCAGAUAUGUCAAUGUUCAGCUGUGUGGUUUACAGCCUAGAUUUGGAAUGAAUAUGUGUGGCAUGAUUUUGCUAGAGAAUCCAUUUCAAGAAAACCAGAUCUCAGUUCAACAGCUGAGAGAAGAAAUUGAAAUACUGUUUGGUUUGUGUGGCCAAGAUUUUUACUUUUCCAUUUCAAAUAAUGAACCAGCACCAACCAUUAUGCAAGAUCUCAAUCACUUACAUAAACAGACCCUUCAUGUAUACCGUAAAGAUCAGAGAGAGCAUGAAAAUUCAAAACCACGCCUGAAUCAUAGCAACAGCCCAUUCUGCAAGUUCAUCAAUGUGGAAUGUAAUGGCAAGAAAGGAACAGUAAUGCUUGAGAACCCGUGUGGAAAUGUUUCAGAGACAGAUCCAGGGCAGCUAAUGAAGCAGAUUAGUUACAUAUUUGGAAUAGAUGCAGCCAAGCUGAAAUGUACAUCAGAUACGAGAGGAAAAUGUGAAUACAUGGUAGUAGAAGUAAAGUAAAUGUAGCAGGAAACAGGUGACAUUCAGAUGAGGUCAUAUUCUGUUGUAUUUGAUUGUCCAUUAUUUUGUUUUAAGUCUAUAAUUUAUGUAAAAAAUAAAAGAUGAGAAACACA